AUGGCCAUUAUUCCUACUUCUAGAAUUUAUUCGCGAUGCUAUAGUGCAGUGUAUACUCUCCCUGUUCUGCAACUUAGCCGACGCUAUUCCCAGAAAUUUCACCCACCGACAGUGCGGCCACUGGUGUACGAUCUACAUGAGCCAACCAAACCCAAAGCAGGUCCAACAAAUUCGCCGAUUUUAUUCUUACAUGGACUUUUUGGUUCGAAGAAGAAUAACAGGGCAAUUAGCAAAGCACUCGCUCGCGAUUUGGGAAGAUAUGUAUAUGUAUUGGAUUUGAGGAACCAUGGGGAGUCUCCCCAUAAUCAACGACAUGAUUAUCUGUCGAUGGCAGAGGACGUUGCUGGUUUCAUCACGGACAACAUGCUAACCAAUGCUACCAUAAUUGGCCACUCGAUGGGUGCAAAGACCGCAAUGACACUUGCUCUUCGCUCACCAGAGAUGGUAUCAAGCAUCGUGGCAGUGGACAACGCACCCGUUGAUGUUGCACUGAAUGGUGAUUUCUCCAAGUACGUUCGAGGAAUGCAAAAGAUUCAAGAUGCCAAGGUCUCUCGACAAGCCGAGGCCGACGCAAUUUUACAGAGUUUUGAAGAAUCUCUUCCAAUUCGACAGUUCCUACUCGGCAAUUUAUACAAAGAUCCUAGAGAUAAUACGCAGAAAUUUCGGGUACCUUUGGAUAUCCUACGGAAAUCACUUGCCAAUCUUGGAGACUUUCCCUAUAAGAGCCCUAAAGAGCGCAGAUUCGAAAAACCGGCCCUGUUUGUUCGAGGAACGAGGAGCCACUACGUCGCAGAUGAGGUUUUACCCGCUAUUGGAGAAUUUUUUCCUCGUUUUCGCGUCGUAGAUGUUGACGCGGGCCAUUGGCUUAUCUCUGAGCAACCAGAAGCAUUUCGAGAAGCUGUCGUCGCAUUUCUGCAGGAGGACCUAGGCUAG